AUGAUCGGCCCCACGAUCCAGGACGAUAUCUUUUCAUUAAUUACUAGAUUUCGAUUCCACAAAUAUGUUCUAACGGGCGAUAUCGAAAAGAUGUACCGACAGUUCAUCGUACGACCUGAGGAUCGCCAAUAUCAAAAAAUUCUUUGGUAUGACAAGGACAAUCGAAUUACCACGUACGAGCUCAAUACAGUCACCUUUGGACUGUCCGCUGCUCCGUUUUUGGCAUCCAGAUGCCUCAAGCAGAUCGCUCUAGAUUACGCUGAGGAAUAUCCACUCGCUGCACGUGUUUUGGCAAAGGACAUGUACGUCGACGACUUGUUGACUGGAUUUUCCACUCAGCAAGAGGCCCUGGCUGCUCAAACUCAAAUAAUCCAAUGCCUACUACAGGCAGGUCCCAAUAUCAGACAAUGGGCAUCAAAUGAGAUGAGUCUGCUGCAGCACCUACCUGCAGAAGACAUCAAUAAACAUCUCCAGCUCGACAAUGAAAAAACCUUAAAAACAUUGGGAGUUUUUUGGCACCCUCAGUCCGACAAAAUCAAUUAUUCAGUCAAGCCAAUCAUAAAUAGCCAUGCAAUCACCACGAGGUCCAUUCUGGCUCAUGUAGCCUCAUUGUUCGACCCACUAGGGCUUCUUGGUCCAAUGAUUCUACUCGCCAAGAGUAUCAUUCAAAGGCUAUGGGUGGCAAAAGUGGAGUGGGAUGAGUACCAACCAGCAUCCACACUCUAUGGACUGACGUCAACAUGCAUACAGUUACACGGUUUUUGCGACGCAAGCGAGAGAGGAUACGGAGCAUGUAUCUACGUGAGGUCCAUCAAUACCAUGGGGGAGAUCCACACAGCUCUUCUAUGCUCCAGGUCGAGAGUGGCACCAUUAAAAACCAUCACAAUCCCACGACUCGAACUGUCAAGCGCACAAACCUUGGUUCAACUGUAUCAAGCCGUCAAGGAAGCCAUCACUGCUCCAGUAUCCAAGGUAGUCUUCUGGACUGACUCUAUGGUAGCACUCCAUUGGAUUGCAUCAUCGCCACAUAAAUUAAAAACAUUUGUGGCUAAUCGAGUUGCCGCUAUUCAACAAGGUUCUUCUGGGAUUGAUUGGAGACACAUAAGAUUCGAGGACAAUCCCGCAGAUGCUCUUUCACGAGGUCAAUUGCCUCAGGAAUUGGUCGACACCUGCUUGUGGCGUCAAGGACCAAUUUGA